AUAAAGGCAGCCGCGGUGGCGGUGGCGGCGCAGAGCUCUGUGCACCAGGCAGUUAGAACUCUGGGACCUCUGAAGGCUGUCAGAAGCCUGACUCUGCAGCACCGCUUGGUGGGACCAGGCUUGCAAAGUGACAUCCCUCCUUUCUUUUUCUCUCUCUCUCUCGAGUCCUCCUGAGAUGACGGCUCUGGGCGCAGCGGGAGUUGCCCGGGUCUUGGUCACCCUGGUAGCUGCGGCUCUUUGCGGCCACCCUCUGCUCCGAGUUAGCGCCACCUUGAACUCGGUUCUCGUCAAUUCCAACGCCAUCAAGAACCUGCCCCCACCGCUGGGCGGCGCUGCCGGGCACCCAGGCUCUGCAGUCAGCGCAGCUCCUGGAAUUCUGUACGAGGGCGGGAACAAGUACCAGACUAUUGACAACUACCAGCCGUACCCGUGCGCCGAGGACGAGGAGUGCAGCACCGACGAGUACUGCGCGAGUCCCACCCGCGGAGCCGGCGCCAGCGCGCAAAUCUGCCUCGCCUGCAGGAAGCGCCGAAAACGCUGCAUGCGUCACGCUAUGUGCUGCCCUGGGAACUUCUGCAAAAAUGGAAUAUGUAUGCCUUCUGAUCACAAUCAUUUCCAUCGAGGGGAAAUCGAGGAAACCAUUAUUGAAAGCUUUGGUAAUGAUCACAGCACCUUGGAUGGGUACGCCAGAAGAACUACACUGUCUUCAAAAAUGUAUCAUACCAAAGGACAAGAAGGUUCUGUCUGUCUCCGAUCAUCAGACUGUGCCACAGGGUUGUGCUGUGCUAGACACUUCUGGUCCAAGAUCUGUAAACCCGUCCUCAAAGAAGGUCAAGUGUGCACCAAGCACAGGAGAAAAGGCUCCCAUGGGCUGGAGAUAUUCCAGCGUUGUUACUGCGGAGAAGGUCUGUCUUGCCGGAUACAGAAAGAUCACCAUCAAGCCAGUAAUUCUUCUAGGCUUCACACCUGUCAGAGACACUAAGCCAGCUGUCUGAACACAGUGGACUCCUUUUAUAUAAUAUAGGCUAUGAAAACCUUUUGUGACUUUGUCAGCUCAGUCCUUAAGGAUGUACAAAUUCUGUGGUUACAGUUAAGCAUUCCAAUACCUUCCGAAAAUCUGGAGUGUAAGAGCUUUGUUUCUUUAUGGAACUCCUCGUCACUGAUUGCAGUAAAUUACUGUGUUGUAAAGUCUCAGUGUGGCACUUACCUGUAAAUGCAACAAAACUUUUAAUUAUUUUUCUACAGGUGCUGCAUUGUCUAUUGUUCCUCUUGUUAUGUAAAUUUUUGUACACAUUGUUAUCUUGACACAAAUAUUCUAUAUUGAAUUGAAAUAAAUAAUUUCAGCUUAUACUUCUUAAGUGCAUAACCCUUUCCCCUUUUACUUCUAGAAUCUAGAAUGCAAGGAGCUUUUGGAAUGACAAAUGAUAGGUAUCUGAAAUUUAUCAUGAAAAUAUUAGCUUAUUUUCUGAAAUGUACUAUCUCAGUGCUUAGAUUAUAUUUAUCUCUAGGCUGUGAUAGCCCUUGAAAUAAAAUUUAACAUUUAAUACCAUGAAAUGUUACAAGU